AUGUUCUUCUUCGGUUGCAGAAACCAAGGCACAGACUUUCUAUACCGCGACUUUUGGGAGUCCCACGCAAGAGAAGGAGGAAUGCCCUGUGAAGAAAAAGGUGGUGGCUUUUACACAGCGUUCUCUAGAGACCAACCAAAGAAGGUUUACGUACAACACAAGAUCCGCCAGAUGAGCAAGGAAGUUUGGGAUUUGCUCUGUGAUGGAGCAGCCGUUUACUGGCUUCUUGGAGGAGAUUGUGUCGGAGGAGACUGGAGGAUCAAAGGAGGAUGCUUCACGGUGGCUCAAAGGCUUUGGAGAAGGCUGGGAGGUGCUCAUAUUUCUACAACCUUGAGUGAGGAGUGCACUCAUGUCCUUAUAGAUUCACGUAUGCAAGUGAAUGAAGCUCUUGUUAAUGCGAUUUUAGCCAAAAAAUCAAUCAUUCUGACGAAUUGGGUUAAGCUUCUCGCAGAGAAAAGUAUCCGCAGCGAAUUUCCUGGAAACAGUCAGUACAGACCAUCAGUGAUGGUGGAAGAAGCUUUGGUGGAUGUAAUGGAGCCAAACGUUCGCGAAGCAUGUCUAGAAGGAUUUACCUUUGUGUUGGAACCAACAGACACGUACAGAUUUGGAAGUAGCUUCUCAUCAUUACUGAAAGUAUGUGGCGCAGAGACUGUUGACACAGCAGACAUUAGCUCCAUGAGUCAGGAUUCUCAGGAUGGAGAAACUAACCGCAUGAUAUGUGUCAUCCCAAAAAGUUCAGGAGACAAGUUUGGCCAUUUGAAGCAUCUCAGUCUGUUAUCUAGAGUGAAGGAAAUGGAUUUAUUAUGCGCUAUCUUGUCCGGGAAUCUACCUUCGACUUCGUUGAUACCACCUUCUGUUGUCAUUUCAUCAUCGUGCUCUACGGACGAGACAGUGGUAGCAGAUUCUGAUGCGGAAGAGGAAGAAACAACGUCGUCAGUUCAUAUGAUCGAUGCCACUGAAAAGACAGAAACACUAGCCCAAGACCGAUAG